CAAACUUAGAUUUGAACACUGGGUUGAUUUUCUUGCCAUUUAUUGAAAGUGUUUGUAGCCCAUUUAACUUUCCUUUACCUUAAAGAACGGAAAGCUUAGUGGGGGUUUCAGUACCAGGCCACUAUCAGUGAAGCAUAUUAAUUUGAGUAUCAGCACAUACAAAGUGUUUGUAUUAUAUAUCCUCUCAUGUGAAAAGUUGAUCAAGUAAUUCCAACAAUGGGUGGUGUCUUCUACCAUGAGGAGCCAGCGAACCAGAACAAGAGAUGCAAAUUCCUUGCAGGGUCUCUGAAAGAAGUAUUUUUCCACUGUCAAACUUUUACCCGGAGGCUUUCAACUGCAAGCCUUGAGGAGGAAUGCCCCAUCAUCGAUGAUGUUGAUGAGAUGGUUGUUUCGGCAGUGAGAAGCCGAGCUAUGGAGAAACAGAAGCUGAAGCCAAGCCCAUUGAGAGAUGGUUUUUCCUGGACAUAUUCUCCUGCAACAAGAGAACUGUUUGUCACAGUGGCACCACAACCAAGGGUGGUGAUAGGUGAUGGAGAAGAUGAGGAAAGAGAAGAGUUUUUUUCCGUAAAAAGUUGUCUGUCAUGCUGUUCUUCGAGUGCUGUGAGUGACAAGGCAUUUUUUUCUGUGAAGACUAACCUGUCUAGAUGUUCAAGCAUGAGUGGGGUUGACAUGUCAGAGCAUUGGAGGCGUUCGAUAAUUCAAGAGUUUUGCCACUGCGAAGGAUGGCCUUUUGGGCUGUGCCGUAAAGCUGUGUUACUUCCACCGCUGCCUAAGUCACCAUCUGAGUCAUGGUUGUCACGCAAAAUACAAAGAAGUACCAAAGUUAUCUGAAUUUAUUUUACUUGCUCUGUCUUUUCAGUUCCAGUUGUGUCUCUUGUAGACUUGUAAGAGAAGUUGGUUGAAGAUUUUGGAAUAAUGGAUGUAUGGCUCAAGAUUCAUAUAUAGACUACAUUUAGUUUUAACAUA